AACUUCUUUCAUAAUAUAAAACGUUUUUAUUCCUUGUUGAUGAAAAUAGACAAUUAUUCUAUCAUAUUUCCCAUCAGUUACAAAAAUUUCUAGCUAGUUCAUCAUUUCCUCUCAUACCACCACUUGUCCCCAACUCGCGACCACCAUGAACCACCGUCUAGACCUCACCCCUUCCCUAUUCGCGCUAACAGUCGUUCUAGCCACCGUAAUCCAUUUCCCCGUCCUACGCUGCCAAAAAACUCGACCAUACGAUAUUUGUCGCCAGUCAGUCAAAUGUGGAAACAUCCAACUCGAGUACCCAUUUUGGGGGUCUGACCGUCCUGCUUACUGCGGCCACCCGGGUUUUCAACUAACCUGCCAAUCUGAUGUCCCCGAGCUCGUAUACAAAUCCGUAAACUAUCGAGUCCUGGACACCGAUAGCAGUACACAAACGAUCACCAUCGCUAGAAACGAUCUUUGGACCAAUGACUGCCCUGAAUACCUCCACAACACCACCUACAACUCCACACUUUUCAACGGAGAUAAUUUUGAUCAACAGAACAUAUCUCUCUACUACAAAUGUGAUACUAAUAUACCCGGUGGGAUAUCGGUACCAGCGGGCCAUAGAUUCAGUUGCAAUGUUAAUAACACCCAAAGUGACAGUUAUUUCUAUUUAACCAAUUUGAUCAGCCCCAACAUUGCCAAUUUCUUUGUCCUGUGCGACAGUUAUAUAACAGUCCCGGUGAAUCAGUCUUCGGCUGCUAGAUUAGCGACAAGUGGUGCUUCGAGGAGUGAUCUGAGCUCGGCUUUGACGGCUGGUUUCAACCUACAGUGGACUGCGAAUGAUGAUGAGUGUGAGCAGUGUAUUCAGUCUGAUGGUCAAUGUGGGUCAAACUCGACGUCACCUGAUUUGUUUGCCUGUUAUUGUACCAGUGGGAAUUUCUCGUUAACUUGUAACAAUGUUGGCGAAAGUGGAGGGAGUUCAAAGACUAGUUCUCUGAGUAUAGUACUUCCAAUCGUUGGAGCGGUUAUUGCUGGUGUUGGCAUCGGAUGGGCAAUCUUUGUUUGCCGACAACGGAGAAAAAAGCGCACAAUCAACGAAGCAUCAGCCGCCCAAACAGAGAGCAAAGCCAUUCUGACAAAGUUUUCAAGCAAACGACUAACCAGUGACGAUUCUAAUUUCACUUCCAGCAUCCCUUCAUUUCCUACACCAAGAACAUCGGAAACAUCUAGAGAGUUCGGAAAAAGCUCAUAUUUUGGAGCUCAGGUUUUCACCUAUGAAGAAUUAGAAAUCGCUACUGAUAACUUUAAUAAUUCUAGAGAAAUUGGAGAUGGCGGUUUUGGAACAGUGUACUAUGGUAAGCUUCUUGAUGGUCGAGAAGUUGCUGUCAAACGUUUAUACGAAAACAAUUUCAAACGCAUGGAGCAAUUCAUGAACGAAGUUAAGAUCUUGACAGGGUUAGAUCAUGAUCACUUAGUGAAACUAUACGGGUGCACCUCAAAACGAAGCAGAGAACUUCUUCUAGUUUAUGAGUAUAUUCCCAAUGGCACAGUCGCCGAUCAUCUUCAUGGAAAACUAGCAAACUCAAGCUCGAGUUUGUUCUCAUGGUCCGUGCGGUUCAACAUUGCUAUACAAACAGCUGACGCGAUUGCCUAUCUACAUCAAUCAGGCAUCAUUCACCGUGACGUGAAAACUACCAACAUUUUGGUGGAUAAAAGUUUCCAAGUCAAAGUUGCUGAUUUCGGGUUGUCAAGGUUGUUCCAAAAUGUUACACAUGUGUCCACUGCGCCACAAGGGACGCCUGGUUAUGUUGAUCCCGAAUACUACCAAUGUUAUCAUUUGACAGACAAGAGUGACGUCUAUAGCUUUGGGGUCGUCUUAGUUGAGCUCAUUUCUUCAUUACAAGCCGUUGACACCAGCAGGCACAGGCUCGAUAUAAACUUGGCUAAUAUGGCUGUAACCAAGAUUCAAAACCAUAAGUUGGAUGAGUUGGUUGACAAGAGUAUCGGGUUUGAGACAAAUGGGCAGGUGAGGAGGACGACCGCGUUAGUGGCUGAGCUGGCUUUCCGGUGUCUGCAACAACAAAAGGAUAUGCGGCCGACGAUGAAAGAAGUGUUGGAAACUUUACAAGGGAUUCAGAAUGAUGAUCUGAAUACUCAGAAACCGGAGGUGGUUGAUAUUGUGGUGGAUGAUGGUGGUCUGUUGAAGGGUCAACACACAGAACCAGCAUCACCGGAAUCUGGAAUUACUAACAAAUUGGUUGCUAGCUCUGUACCAAAUUCUUCUAGUGGUUGAUUAGACUUUCAUGAGUCUGAAAAAUAUUUUUUUUUUUGUUGUUGGUUAAUGAUUAUUUAGGAUGUUAUAGUAUGAUAACACAUGACAAGUUCUAAAGGGAAUGUACAUAGUAAAAUUCUAGAGCAACUAUAAUCAUAUUCCCUUGUUUUUAUAUCUUAUUAAGUUGUGGAGUUCAUGUCUAUAUAAAGGAAUUCAUUCAUUA